AUGUCCAGGAACAGUAAGGAUUGCCAUCUGAAGCUCUCUGGACAAGAACAAAUUUCAGCUAACCACUCACUUGUCCCAGUAGUUCAAUCGUCUUCAUCGACUUCUGAAUUGAGCUCACCAAAGUCGAUUCAUCAACACUUCUACACCGUCAACAUCUCCUUCAACUACAGUACUCCUGCUCAGGCUCCACCUCAGAAUGCAGAAGAAGCUCUUCCCAUGAUCUCUCGUCUGGUUGGCCAACAGAUGAAAGAUCUAUUCAAGGAGGAAAAAAAGAGAAGAAAUAGUUCAUCAGCUCGUAGAAAAUCCACUCGAUCCUCCAGAAGACUAUCCAAAGAGGCAUCGUUCCCUCCCGAAGUUGAUGCUCUUCCGAUUCCGAUUGUCUCUGAAGAUCUACCGGAUGACGUCACUCAACAGGAUACUGAAGAGAGCGAAAUGGUCGAGAUCCCGACGAGAAAUAAGCCAAAACCAAAGGAGAGUGAAUACCAGGAUAUCACUGGGAUCACCAGAAAGGUCCGCUUUCGUCUUGUUCCAUCGAAACGCGUGAAGCCGGUUCCCGAGGAUCAACUUCCCGAGAAGAAAUUCAAUAAGGAUAAAAAGAGAAGGGAAUAUGUUGAAUUGGGGAAACUUCACUCUUUGGAGCCGAUACAGGACCAAACAGAAGACGAAAAGAGAGCGGAAGCGAAGAGAAGAAGUCGAGAAUUGGCGAGAGAACUCUACUAG